AUGAAGUUACAGAAACAUAAGGAACUUUCCAUCACCGCAAGAGUUGAACUGAGACAUAGAGUUGAACUCAAAGAGAAAGAUAAACCUAAUACAUUUCUUUGUGAUUAUCAAAAGCUGCCACAUAUCAAGGUGAAGAUCAAGAAUAUGCCUCUGAAACUUGAAAAUUCAACUUCUGCGAAUGUUGUGCUUCAAUACAUUGAGACUUAUGCCCCUACGGACCUUUUUACGAUAAAAUGGCCAUAUCUAAACACUACCUUGCUAGCCCUUGUCAAAACUAACACAGACCAGGCAAGCAACGACGUAGAUACCCUCGAACAUAAAGAAGCGGAAGACAAUAGCUUGCAGGGCCAACGCCCCCAACUGCUCAGCUGA